GGGCCGUGCGUGGUGACGUAAGCAGGGCGUGGAGGGGGCAGACGAUGGUGCCGUCCAUGUUGCCUCGGUUACCUGGCUUUUUGGGCCCAGCCCGACUGGCUGGGCCUCCCAGUCGCAUUUCGACCCGGUCCACGUUCAACCUCCGAGACGAGAACGCCAAACCCAAGUGGCUGCAAGUCGGCCUGAUCCUUGGCACCAGUGUGUUUCUCUGGGCCUUCCUCAUCCAUCAGCAUAAUGAAGAUGUUUUAGAAUAUAAAAGAAGGAAUGGAUUGGAAUGAAACAGUGGGACCCGUUCGGUUGCCCGAGGUGUGCAACAUCUGACAUUCUUGAUCAUCAUUCUGAAGACUAAUAUGGGAAAAAAACCCUCACUCUGACUAUGUAUCGCAUCAACAUGUGUGCUGCAUCCUGAAAUCUAUAAAUAAAAACAUCUAGAAAAGGA